AUGAAGCGAGAGAUAUAUGAAGUUAGCAUUGUUACACAGGUGUCUAUAGAUAGAUUGGAACGAUUGUCUUGGAUGGCUGACAAGUGGCGUGCACCUAUAUCAGCAGCAGUGUACAUAAAGGAUGACUCUGACAUUGAUCACAUCAUAAGUCUCAUUCGUAGCAGUUAUGCUGUAACUCAAUUUGUAGACAUUCAUCUGCUCUACGCGAACAAUACGAGAUACCCAAUCAAUACACUUAGAAACCUAUCGAUCAAACAUGCAGAGACUGAAUGGGUACUGUUGAUGGAUGCUGACUUUGUACCACCAAUCUACCUGUAUCAGAACUUGAAGGUACCAAAGACUAAUUUGACGGCGUUUGUCGUUCCAUCAUUCGCGAGUGACCUCGAACGAUUCGAGUUGCCAGAUGACAAGGACACAUUGUUAUCAAUGGUCUUGGAGAAUGAAAUAUUCCCAACAAACGUCAAUGUUUGUUCUAAAUGCCAUGCACCUUCAAAUUAUAGUAGAUGGUAUACAGAGACACAGCCUUAUACAGCAAAGUACAAGUGGAUAUAUGAACCAUACUUGGUGUUUAGGCCGAAGCAGGUGGAACCAUUCGACGAGCGACUAAAGGGUUAUGGAUUCGAUAAGAACUCACAUACAUUUGGCAUGGCUGUCCAAGGCUAUGAGUUCAUCGUCCUGCCUAGUUCAUGGAUCGUCCACAUCAACCAUCCCGCCAAAGUGUGGGAGGGCACCGAUACAUAUAGCGAGCAAAUGUUUGAUUCUUUGAAGGUUGUUUGUGAUUCGAUAUUGCCAGACACAAAGAUUAAGUAUGGAUAUAAGGCAGACGAUCAAUUGUUUAGCGAACCAAUAUCAAAGAAGGUGUGUCAUAGCAGGGAUCAUUGGUAG